AUGGCGCGGGUCUACGCAGAUGUCAACCAGAACAUGCCCCGCAGCUACUGGGACUACGACAGUGUGAACAUCAGCUGGGGCGUUCUCGAGAACUACGAGGUGGUCAGGAAAAUUGGUCGCGGAAAGUACUCGGAGGUCUUCGAGGGCAUCAAUGUCGUCAACUACCAGAAGUGCGUCAUCAAGGUCUUGAAGCCUGUGAAGAAGAAGAAGAUCAAGCGUGAGAUCAAGAUCCUGCAGAACCUGGCGGGAGGUCCCAACGUUAUUGCACUGUUGGAUGUGGUCAGGGAUUCGCAAAGUAAGACGCCGUCCCUCAUCUUCGAGCAUGUCAACAACACCGACUUCCGAAGCCUCUAUCCCAAGUUCAACGAUCUCGAUGUUCGAUUCUACAUCAACGAGCUGCUGAAAGCCCUCGACUUUUGUCACAGCAAGGGUAUCAUGCACCGCGACGUCAAGCCUCACAACGUUAUGAUCGAUCAUGAGAACAGAAAGUUGCGGCUCAUUGAUUGGGGUUUAGCCGAGUUCUACCACCAGGGCACCGAAUACAACGUCCGUGUGGCUUCCAGAUAUUUUAAGGGCCCCGAGUUGUUGGUCGAUUUCCAGGAGUACGACUACAGUCUCGACAUGUGGAGCCUGGGCGCUAUGUUUGCCUCCAUGAUCUUCCGCAAGGAGCCAUUCUUCCACGGCAACUCGAACUCGGACCAACUCGUUAAGAUCGCCAAGGUCCUCGGUACGGACGACCUCUUUGACUACCUUGACAAGUACGAGAUCGAGCUUGAUGCUCAGUACGACGACAUCCUGGGCCGCUUCCAGAAGAAGCCCUGGCACUCCUUCGUGACCGCCGAAAACCAGCGUUUUGUCAGCAACGAAGCGAUCGACUUCUUGGACAAGCUGCUGCGAUACGACCACCAGGAACGCCUUACUGCCAAAGAGGCCCAGGCACACCCCUACUUCAACCCCGUCCGGGAUCCCGAGGUCUUCAAGCAACACCUAGCCAGCCAGACUGCGUCCGGCGUCAGCAGCAACUGA